UUACUCCAAAAGGGAAAUCGGCGCCACGUGAAUACCUCCUCACCUCGCCAACUUAACUGCGAACCUCCUCCUCUUUGUGGUGAUCAACAGCGUCAAGUCAAGGCAGAAUCGAACCUGUGUCUUCCCCCAACCGAUUGUCGACAGGUGCCCCAAGUGACUGGAUGGGAUGCUUCAAGGCUCAAGGAGAUGUGUGUUCACGGCGCUGCGCAGUCACUAAUGCAGAGUCGCGUGCGUGAACUCGAGGAUCUACUCGACCUUGAGCGCGAUGCUCGUGUCCGGGCCGAACGAAAUGCCAAUGAACUGAGUAUCCAGGUGGAAACCAUGGCUGAUCGACUUGAUGAGUUUAGUGGAUCUUCUUCGCAAACUCAAGAAGCCCUGCGUCGCAAGGACAUGGAGAUCGCGAAGCUGCGCAAGGACCUAGAGAACGCCAACGCCGCCUUUGAGAGCGCUGAGGCCACUCUGCGUCGCAAGCACAACACCAUGAUCUCCGAGAUCUCCAGCGAAGUUGAGAACCUGCAGAAACAGAAGGGAAAAGCCGAAAAGGACAAGAGUCAACUUAUGAUUGAAAUUGACAACGUUCUCGGUCAACUCGAUGGAGCUCUCAAGGCCAAGGCCUCGGCUGAAAGCAAGCUGGAGGGUCUGGACAGUCAACUGUCCCGCCUGAAGGCUUUGACUGAUGACCUUCAGCGCCAGAUGGCAGACGCCAAUGGCGCCAAGUCGCGUUUGGCUGCGGAGAAUUUCGAACUCAUUCGAGUCAACCAGGAGUACGAGGCUCAAAUCGUGACCUACUCCAAGGCCAAAGCCUCGCUGGAAAGCCAGCUGGACGACCUCAAGCGCGCCAUGGAUGAGGAUGCCCGUAAUCGCUUGAAUCUGCAAACCCAAUUGUCAAGUCUCCAGAUGGACUACGACAAUCUACAAGCGCGCUACGAGGAGGAGGCCGAGGCGGCCGGCGCCCUGCGCAACCAGGUCGCCAAGUUCAACGCCGACAUGGCCGCCCUCAAAACCCGCCUGGAGAGAGAAAUCAUGGCCAAGACCGAGGAGUUCGAAGAACUCAAACGCAAGUUGACUGUUCGCAUUACUGAGUUGGAGGAUGUCGCUGAGCACGAGCGUACUCGCGCCAACAAUCUGGAGAAGACCAAGGUCAAACUGACCAUUGAGAUCAAGGAUCUUCAGGCCGAAAACGAGUCGCUGGCUGCCGAAAACGCCGAUCUGAACCACCGCGCCAAGCAGGCCGAGCACCUUGCCGCUGACCUUCAGCGUCGUGUCGACGAACUAACCAUCGAGAUCAACAACCUCCACUCGGCCAACAGCGCUCUCGAGUCUGACAACAUGCGCCUCAAAGGCCAGGUCAACGACCUCACCGAUCGCAUUGCAAACCUCGACCGUGAAAACCGCCAACUCACUGACCAACUGAAGGAGACCAAGUCGGCCCUGCGCGAUGCCAACCGACGUCUCACCGACCUCGAGGCCCUCCGCAGCCAGCUCGAGGCGGAGCGCGACAACCUCGCGUCCGCCCUGCACGACGCCGAGGAGGCGCUCAAGGAGCUCGAGGCCAAGUACGCCGCCUCACAGAACGCCCUCCAACACCUCAAGUCGGAGAUGGAGCAGCGCCUGCGCGAGAAGGACGACGAACUCGAGAACCUCAGAAAGAGCACAACCCGCACAAUCGAGGAGCUCACGAACACCAUCUCUGAGAUGGAAGUCCGCUUCAAGUCGGACAUCUCGCGCUUGAAGAAGAAGUACGAGAGCAACAUCAGCGAGCUGGAGCUGCAAUUGGACGUGGCGAACAAGGCCAACGCCAACCUGAACCGCGAGAACAAGGCGCUGGCGCAGCGGGUGCAGGAGCUGCAGGUGGCGCUGGACGACGAGCGGCGGGCGCGCGAGGCCGCCGAGGGCAACCUGCAGGCGAGCGAGCGCAAGCGCCUCGCCAUCGCCAGCGAGCUCGAGGAGGUGCGCAGCCAGCUGGAGCUCAGCGACCGCGCACGCAAGAACGCCGAGUCCGAGCUCAACGACGCCAACACGCGCAUCUCCGAGCUCACCAUGACCGUGAACACCCUCACCAACGACAAACGCCGUCUUGAAGGCGACAUCGGUGUCAUGCAGGCCGACCUCGAUGAAGCUGUUAAUGCACGCAAGGCAGCUGAGGAUCGUGCUGACCGACUGAACGCUGAGGUGCUCCGUCUUGCUGAUGAGCUGCGCCAGGAACAAGAAAACUACAAACGUGCCGAGACUUUGCGCAAGCAAUUAGAAAUUGAGAUCCGUGAAAUCACAGUCAAACUAGAGGAAGCAGAAGCCUUCGCAACUCGUGAGGGGCGUCGCAUGGUGCAGAAACUGCAGAACCGCGUGCGAGAAUUGGAAGCUGAGUUGGAUGGGGAGAUCCGUCGUGCCAAGGAGGCCUUUGCUAGCGCCCGCAAAUACGAGCGGCAGUUCAAAGAACUCCAGACUCAGAGUGAGGACGACAAACGCAUGAUUCUGGAACUCCAGGAUCUCCUGGACAAGACCCAGAUUAAGAUGAAGGCCUACAAGCGCCAGCUCGAGGAACAGGAGGAGGUGUCGCAGAUCACCAUGAACAAGUACCGCAAGGCCCAACAACAGAUCGAGGAGGCCGAGCACCGCGCCGACAUGGCCGAGAGGACAAUCACCAUCAAGAGGACUCUUGGAGGACCGGGAUCGCGCGCCGUCUCCGUGGUCAGGGAGAUGAACAGCGUCUCCCGCAGCAACCGCGCCACCAGCAUCAUGUAA